AUGCCUUCCCGUCGCCCUCGCCUUGCCUUCCCGUCGCCCUCGCCUUGCCUUCCCGUCGCCCACGCCUUGCCUUCCCGUCGCCCUCGCCUUGCCUUCCCGUCGCCCUCGACUUGCCUUCCCGUCGCCCUCGCCUUGCCUUCCCGUCGCCCUCGCCUUGCCUUCCCGUCGCCCUCGCCUUGCCUUCCCGUCGCCCACGCCUUGCCUUCCCGUCGCCCUAGACUUGCCUUCCCGUCGCCCUCGCCUUGCCUUCCCGUCGCCCUCGCCUUUCCUUCCCGUCGCCCACGCGAUUCCUUCCAUUCGCCAUCGUAUAUCGUGCUCGUCGCCUUCAAUUCCCUUGUCAGCCUCCCUCGUAACAUCCCUUCCCUCCCUCCAUUCGCCUCCUUUUACCCCUCUCCCAUCCCUGAGGGGACGACUCCCAUCCAUCCCUUUUCCGUCUCUUCCUCCCUUGGCAUUCCUCCGCAUUUCCCCUCGGUUCCCCCUUGCACCACCUCCCUUUUCCCAUGUCCUUCCCACCGUUUCCCCACUUGUCCCUCUCUCCCUUUUCCAACAGUGCUUCCCUCCGUUUUCCGCUUGCCCUUCACUCCCAUUUCCCCAUGGUCCUUCCUUCCCUUCCCCCAUGUACCUCGCUCCAUUUCCCCUUGCCUUUCCCUCUCCGUCUUCCUUAUCCCAUUUCUGCCCAUCUCCACCCGCUCAGUCAUUCCCAUCACCCUCCCCUCCCUCUCUCCCGUACGCGCUUCUCCCCACUCUCACACGCGCUGCUACCCCUUCCCUCCGCGCUGCUUCCCCACUUCCCCUCCCACUCACCGAGCUUACAGGGGAGGAGGCGUCCUCUCAUCUCACCGGUCCAUGGAUAUGGUGGGUAUUGGGAACAUGGGGAAAAGGGGAGGAGGGGAGGGAGAGGGGGUGGGGGGUGGAGGAGUACACCCCUCUCCACCCCCCCCAUCCCGCCCCUACCCCCCCCCUCCCCUUGCACCCUCACUAAGGACAUGA